AUGGAACCAUCCAGUGGUUAUAUUAUUCAAGGAAAACCUUUAGAAUCCCUUGGUGUUCCUGCAUUGAGUGCAGAGAUUAGAAAUAGGGGUGGAAAAAUUAAAACUAAUUCAAUUAAAUCACAGAUUAUGGCACAGUUAAUUGAAAUAUUAGAUAUAGAGAAAGAACAACAAAAAAUUAGAGAGAAUCAAUCAAAAAGAAAUACAAAAUUAAUAAUACCAAUGGUAACAAAAGUCACUACACCUACAAAAACUAAACCUAUACAACACCAUAGUGCAUCAAUUAAAGGUAAAAAAUAUAAAAGUAGAGAGGAUUUUUAUAAUAGAUAUAAAAACAACAAAUCCGAUCAAAUACCACCUGAUACUCUAAAAUCACCACCUGAUACUCUAAAAUCACCACCUGAUACACUACAACCACAAUCAAAUAUACAUAACCAAACAGUCACAACAACAACACCACAACCAUCAUCUCCAACAAAAACCAAUUCAUCUUCAAAAAUUACUACAAAUACACCACCAUCUACAUCCACACAUACACCAGUAGCAACGGCGGCAACAACAAGAACAACAACAAAAACAAAAACUACUAAUACUACUACAUCAUCAUCAUUAUCACCAUCAUCAUCAUCAUCAUCCUCCCCAAAAAGAAAAAUCAUAAAUGAAAGCUACCAAUUUCCUUCAUCAGAGGAUGAAUUAGCAUCAUCAUCAUCAUCAUUACAUAUUAAUGAAAAGCGACCACUUAAAAAAUUAAAUUUAAAUAAUAUUAUAAAUGAAAAUAAUGAUGAGGAUAAUAAUAAUAAUAAUAAUAAUAAUAAUAAUAAUAAUAAUAAGAGUAAUAAUAAUAAUAAUGAAGGUAAUAAAAUUGCAAUUGAAUUAGAGAAAAAGAUACUUCAUCAAUAUAAUCUUUAUCCAAUUUUAGAAAGAUUACCAAAAUCAAAUAAACAUAUUGGUUACGUUUUAGGUAAAGAGUAUGUUAGAUUCAUUGUAUUAAAAGUAAUUGAAAAAGAUACAAAUUCAAGUAAAUUAGAACCGUCACCAUUAAUUAAUGAACUUUGGAAUGCUCAUAUCUUAUCAACGACUAAAUAUGAUGAGUUUACCAAUUUAAUUCAAUAUAAGGUACACAGUGACCCUGACCGUUUUUUAGAUUCAAAACAACAAAUUAUAAAUAGAUUUCAAAAAACACUUUCACUUUAUAAAAAGCAUUUUAAUACUUCUCCUGAUCCAAAUAUAUGGGCUUUUCCUUAA